CGGGUUUACCGUCUCAGAGACCACAGAGGGAGGCGACGAGAGGCACUCUGGUAACACUGACCUAGAAACACGUGCGUGUGAGCAGGUCUCACAUGAAACGAGCUGAAACCAAAUCCGUUUGGGGCUCGGAUAGAUGAGAAAUGCCUACUACAAGAACGAUCUCCUCAUGCUCGAAUAAAAAAAUACAAAUUAAAAUUCACAUUAAAAAAGUUGGACUUGAAUCCCACUGGAUUCCCGGGCGGAUGAAACUGAGGUCUUUAUUUAUUACGUAGCGCAAAUAGUAAGGACGUGCUUAAAUUCGUUUCAUUGGUCGUGCGCUCGCCCCCUUUGCUUGCAUCACAGUCUCGGAGGGAGACGGGCCCGCGCCUGGGAGCUGUCCCAGACAACAUGGUGCUGAAACCGCAGCGAGAGCGAGCAUCCUCCGGCUUUACUGAUGAUUAUCAGAACAACUCGUGUUAGAACUGCACAACGCCUAUCUUCGCAUGAACCGCAACGCUUUGGAUUACCAAGCAGGAGCCACUUCAGUAUUUUGCCAGCAAUCUGAUUCAAAGGAAAGGCACUAGAUGUGACAAAACGACUGACUGUGGAUGGCAAUAAUAUUUCCUCGUCGAAAGCAAAUCUGAUUCUUUGGAAUGAUUUUCGAAAGACAUGUCUGACAUUACACGGGACAGUGAGCUUAACUGCCUUGGGAUUUCUGCAACAAGGGUUGGGUGUUUAAGGAGAUAGGCUGCCUAUACUAACAAGACGUUGGCACCUUAUAUCUUUCAGAAGGGGACUUGUGCGGGAUGCGUUUGUAAGCGCUCGGACCUGAAACAUGAGAUGAACGCCAAUGACAAUUGCUGGCUAAUUGGCAAGAUUGUGGAUGAAUUUCGUUCCACGCAACACAAUUUGCAUUCACAUUAACACAAUUACACGGUAGUCGCUUCUGGAUGAUGGCUAAUAAGCGAGUACGAUGUGUCAUGGAUAACAGAAACUGUGUACUGUGUGUAUGGUAGACAUCCAGUUGUUUAAUUAAAGACAAACCAAGGCUGCCAAUUGUUAGGCAUUGCUGACGAAUAGCCUGCAUUUCUGUUUUGCUGCUUUUGUUGAAUAGAUGCCACUGGCCAAGAUUACCUCAGGGUAGCAGCUCUUUUGUCAGAACCUUUUUCGCGGGAAUCCCCGAUAUGUUUCAUUCAAAUCGGGUUAUUUGUCAUCAGGUUCGUGUUCGAAUGUUCGAUUUGAGUAUCUUUUGAGCAUAAAUCCAGUUGUUGCAAACACCCUCAGUCCCAGUAAACCUUUUAGUCAGGUAUACUCAAAUGUGCGUCACGUGGUAACAUCCGAAUUAACUAGUUAUGUUGAUGUACUCCAGAUGACCGAAUCAACAUUUGGUUAAAAACAAGGUUACUAAAGGUAACAACGACACGUUACCACUUUUGACAGUUACUAUUACGUGUGCUUACAAUCGUCAGCUUCUCAAUGGAAACACUAGCGCGAGAACUCGCUCAUAUGAUGUAGCUCUCAGAAUAACUGUUGGAAAUAAACACCCGGUCUUUGUCUAUGUCCAAACGGUGAAGGUGAGAGGAAAGCGGUGUUGCUCACGGGACUGAAGCGGCUGCACAGGUGUUUUUCCACGUUAGAAACCAAACAGUAAGUUCUGUUAUGUGACCUGCUGGAGUCCAGUAACAGAUAGCCUAGCAUUACAGGCCGUUUAAAAACAUAGACCGCCUUUCCAUUAUUCAUAAGACGGGCACAUGUUGUUGGCUAUCGGUGUCAUUGUAUGGUGUUGGGGAUUGUUGAGUCGCAGACCGAUGCUGCGUCGCCAGGGCAAGCAGAAAGGCCGCUUUUGCGUCUUGUUCAGUGACCUGAAGGUUUUCCUACUCAGGCCACCGCCACCGUCGGCAUCGCCACCUGCUUUCACACCCAUGAACGAACUAAAUGCGGAGGGCAAUGCGACGAGCAGCGCCACGGAGAGUCACUCUUUAGUCAACGGACAUUACCAGCCGGUAACAGGUGAGGGGUUGGACACCCGAGGGCCCGGAGACUGGACUCAUAGUGCAGUGGAUCCGCCGAGGACUCUGGACUGUUGCAGCUCAUCUGAAGAUUGCUCUAAGGAGAAGCUGGACGAGAGGUUAUCUCUGAACAGCUGCACGGACAGUGGAGUCAGGACUCCGUUAUGUCGGAUCUGUUUCCAGGGCCCAGAGCAGGGGGAGCUGCUGAGCCCGUGUCGUUGUAGUGGUUCUGUACGCUGCACUCAUGAGCCCUGUCUUAUUAAGUGGAUUAGUGAGAGAGGAUCCUGGAGCUGUGAACUCUGUUACUACAAAUACCAGGUCAUCGCCAUCAGCACCAAGAACCCGCUACAGUGGCAGGCCAUCUCGUUGACAGUGAUAGAGAAAGUACAGAUAGCUGCAGCUGUUCUGGGUUCACUGUUCCUGAUAGCCAGUAUCUCCUGGCUGGUCUGGUCCUCCCUCAGCCCCUCGGCCAAGUGGCAACGGCAGGACCUGCUCUUCCAGAUCUGUUACGCCAUGUAUGGCUUCAUGGACCUGGUGUGCAUCGGUAGGUCAUUGGAUGCUCAAUAACUGCAGCCACCUGGUCAUCAAA